CAAAUCCAGUUAAACCAAGAAGAAGACUUUGAAUCUGUAUAUACAAAUUAUACACACAACAAGUCCUGAUAUAUAUGAGAAUAUAGAAGAUUGAUUGAUUGUUUUAGGUUUCACAUCCGCCAUGGACUUUGUAGCUUGGAGGGGCAUCUUUUGCACAUUUUUCAUCCUUCAUUUCGUUUUUGCUUGUCAGCUUCUUCUCCUCCAACCUCUUGUCUCUGCCCUAGAUGGAAAGACAGGUGUGGCUUCUGAGCUUUUUGAGAGAGCUUCAGAAAGCAUAAAGAUGAAACAUUACUCUGAGGCACUUGAUGAUCUAAAUUCAGCUAUUGAGGCAGAUCCACAAUUUUCCGAGGCAUAUUGGCAUAGAGGAUCUGUCCUACGCCAGCUUUGCAGAUAUGACGAUUCAGAGAAGAACUACAAAACAUAUUUGGAAAUGAAGCCCAAAAGCUCAGCUGCUGAAAAGGAGCUUUCCCAGUUACUACAGGCUCGUGAUGCUUUGGAAAAAGCUAUUGAUCUGUAUGAAUCAGGGGAUUUCACUAAAUCAUUGGAUUAUGUAGAGAAAGUUGUUCUCGUAUUUUCUCCUUCAUGUACAAGGGCCAAAAUUCUAAAGUUAAGAUUAUUGCUCGCAACUAAAGAUUACUCAUUUGUCAUCUCUGAAUCUGGAUAUCUUCUUAAGGAAGAUGAGAGCAAUCUUGAUGCUUUACUGUUACGUGGUAGAGCCUAUUAUUUUUUAGCUGACCAUGAUAUUGCAACCAGGCAUUACCAAAAAGGACUUCGUUAUGAUCCAGAGCAUAGUGAACUGAAGAAAGCAUAUUUUGGAUUGAAAAAUCUGCUUAAGAAGACAAAAAGUGCAGAAGAUAAUGUAGUUAAGGGCAAGCUGCGUCUAGCUGUAGAGGAUUUUAAAGCAGCUAUUGCCAUGGACCCAAACCAUAUUGCACAUAAUGUACACCUUAACCUUGGUUUAUGUAAGGUCCUUGUUAAACUUGGCAGAGGAAAAGAUGCCUUGAACAGUUGCACUGAAGUACUUAACAUUGAUGAAGAAAAUGUUGAAGCUUUAGUUCAGAGGGGUGAGGCAAAACUUUUGACAGAAGAUUGGGAGGGAGCUGUUGCAGAUUUAAAAUCAGCUGCUGAAAAUUCGCCUCAGGAUAUGAAUGUUCGCGAGGUAUUGAUGAGGGCAGAGAAGGCAUUGAAACUAAGCCAAAGAAAAGACUGGUACAAGAUCUUGGGAAUUUCAAGGACAUCAUCGAUAGCAGAGAUAAAGCGAGCUUACAAGAAGCUUGCUCUUCAGUGGCAUCCAGAUAAGAAUGUUGACAAUAGAGAAGUAGCUGAAGAAAAAUUCCGAGAAAUCGCUGCUGCCUAUGAGAUUCUUGGAGAUGAUGACAAACGGAAUAGGUAUGACCAAGGAGAAGACAUUGAAGACAUGGGUGGAAUGGGCGGAGGUGGAGGCGGAUUCAACCCUUUCGAAGGUGGUGGAGGUGGAUACACAUUUCACUUUGAGGGCGGUUUUCCAGGCGGAGGUGGUGGUGGCGGUGGAUUCGGUGGAUUCGGUUUUUGAUCAAAGCCACCCAAAUCCGUCCGGUAAAGUUUUUAGCAUAGUUUAUAAAUUGUUGUAACAACAGUUCAAGCUGAUCCAUAUUGAUGAGCACAUAUUCUUCUACAGUUUCUUUUACAUCAAUAAUUUUUCCUCAGUUCAUAAUUAAGAUUUCAAUUAUAAUA